UAGUGAGUGACUCAACUGCUCUGGGAACGUAUCAUUAUCAUCACGAGACAUCGAUAGACAGUCAGAGACAAAUACUGUCGAUUGAUAUGUGGUUUAUGCAGGGGUUGAGAGAAUAUUUUGAGGUAGAAUGAGUGUUUUUGGGGAUUUUCAGAGGGUCUGGGUGGAGAGAUUUCCGGACUCUGCACUUCCUGCUGCAUGGGAAGAGGAUGUGAGGGCGAAUUUGAUAAAACACAAGCAAAAGGUUGCAAGCUUGAGGGAAGAACUUGAGAAAGAAAAAUUCUACGUGGAGUACCUGGAGAGACUCCUGGCAGAUGUAGAGCAGCACAAAAAGCUCGCAGAGAAGUCCGCGGGCUCUCCACCGGCCCCAAAACCUCCGGAAUCGCCGGCCCAUCAACGACAAUCAGAGAGAAAUCCACCAGAGCCAUCGAAGCCUGAGGAAUCUCCCACAGAAUCGACAAUUCCACCUCUUCCUGUCCGUCAGGACAUCAGCAAACUGCAGGACAAAUGUGUGUCCGAACUGAGUUCCUCAUUGCACUCGUCACGACGUCCAAAAUCCGAAAUCCCGAAGAGCCCGUCGAAGAUAUUCGCUAAUCCUAGGCGAAACAGUGAUCCUGAUAUUCCUAGCAAUUAUGUGACUGUUAUCGAGGUCACGGGCAACUCAAAACGAGAGAAACUUGAGGAGAAUGAUGUUAAGGAGGAGCCGGAGAAGGAGGGUCAUGAAAAGUCCACCGAGGAAGCUGAAGACGGUGACGGUGAGGCCUCCGAGGAGGAGCCAUACUACGACUCAGUAGCCCUCGACCAAACCGGCGAGUACGUUUACAUAGACGCGCGAAUUCCCCCGUUGAACCCCGAGAAGCCCCCGCGUCGUCCUCCCUCCCUCCCCGACUCCCCGGGUAACCGUUCCAACUACGUGAACAUCGACUACUUUAUUCAACAUCGCGCUCAAAUAGACUCCGAGGACGAGGAGGCCUCGAACUCUGCCCCGACGAUUCUCCUCCGCGCGCUUUCCACGGACAACGAGACCGGUAGUUCCGACGCGGAGCCCUUGAGCCUCUCCGAGGGCUCCCUCGAGUCGCCCACCCCGACGACCCCGCGAAAACCCCCGAAAGACGCGGACAAUCGCGACACCGACCGCCAGUCAAUGGUCAAAUGCAUCGUCAACUCCGUCGUCGACUCCGAAACGAUUUACGUCGAGUGCCUGAACGUAAUGCUCCAAUACAUGAAGGCCAUCCGGGCGACCUUGACGACCUCACAACCCGUCAUCUCCGAGGAGGAAUUCCAAACAAUGUUCUACAAGAUUCCGGAGCUUCACGCGCUCCACCAGAACUUUCUGGACGAGCUCCGCUCGAAACUCGAGAAAUGGGACCCAAAAACCUCGAUCGGAGAGCAGUUCAAGGUCAUGGCCUCUAACAUAAACUUGUACGGUGCAUUUUUGCAUAAUUACGCGCGGGCAACGGACACGGUGCGCAGGUGCUCCACCAACAGCUCACAAUUCGGUGAGAUCACUCGAGACAUCCGGCUCAAGAGUUUUCCGAAGGGUCCGGGGCUGUCGCUCGAGGAUCUCCUCCACAAACCGGUCGCGCGGGUCCAAAAAAACGCACUGGUCCUUCACGACCUCCUGAAACAUACGCCCGCGAGUCACUCGGAUCACGCGCCCUUGAGCGAAGCCCUCGCGAUGACUCGAAACUUCUUGGACGAGUUCAAUAUCAUCCAGACAAAAUCGAUGUUCCCUAGUCACGACCGCGCUCAAAGACGCUUAGUCAAGAACUCGUUCAUCGUGGAGCUUGCGGACGGCCACCGAAAGCUCCGUCACCUCUUCCUCUUCAACGACGUCAUAGCUUGCGCCAAGUACAAGGCAUCGGGACGGGAUAAAUUUACGUUUGAGCUGAAGUGGUACGUCCCUGUGAGCGAGGCGCUCGUGACGGAAGACGGUAUUGAGCCGCGAGAGAAUUCUCCGGCCAAUGUUGUCUCGUUGCGGUCACAAGCGUGCACCGUUAGGGAUCAGAUCCUCUGGGAGGAGAGAAACGACGAGAAGAAGAAUCGCUCACAGAGGUGCUCAGAGAAAAACAGGAAGAAGCUCGCGGAACUCGAGGCGCAACUGGUGCUCGCAAGCCCCAAUUUGGUGAUGCGGGUAUCGCAGAAGCAAGCGAGAACGCAGAAUUGUUACACAUUCUUUCUGUCGAGUGAAUUUGAGCGGGGCCAGUGGAUCGAGGCGGUAGACGCGCUGCAGCAGGGGGGCAUGCCCCCGGGGAGUCUUCCGUUGUCCAUGUAUGAGCUGCAGGCGUGGGUAACUGCGUGCAGGACUUACCUCCAGACGGACAUGGGGUCUUACUUGAUGCGAUCCGGGCGCGAUGAGAGUCUCCUUCUGGGGGAUCUUCAUCUCACGCUCCUGGGGCUGAUCCCCCCGGGAGUGGAGAGGGUGGGGGAUCUGUUCGUCGUGGUAGAGGUUGAUAGCUAUGGGCACUAUUUCAAGAGGGCUAAGAGCAGGAUCGCCCGGGGGCAGGCGCCGACUUGGGGGGAGACUUUCGUGGUGGAGCUCGAGGGGAGUCAGAACCUCAGGGUGCUCUUGUAUGAGGAGUGCGGGGGGAAGAGCGUGCUCAGGGGUAAGUGCACUCAGAAGUUGAGCAGGAGCUGGCUCCAGGGGGAUGGGGUCGAGAGGGGACUCAAUCUGGGACCCGCGAGCCUAGAUGUCGGGCUGAAAUUCGUGCCGAGUGAGGUCACCUUGAGGAGGGUGCCCAGCGCAAAGCCGCAGGGGCUUUUUGGCGCGAAGAUUCAACAGGUUUGCAAGAGGGAAAAACGAGAUGUUCCGUUCAUCAUCACAGCUUGUGUGAGAGAAGUUGAGCGACGCGGGAUGAGCGAAGUAGGGCUUUAUCGAGUUUCGGGCUCGGCUUCGGAUGUCAUGAAACUCAGGAAGUCCUUUGAGAGCAACUCCUACGAGGCUGAGCAACUUUUGAAAGAGGUCGAUGUUCACUCGGUCACUGGAGUUCUCAAGCUCUAUCUCCGCGAAAUGCCGGAGGCCCUUUUCACUGACGCCCUCUAUCCCGCGUACCUCGAGGCCUUUCAGACGGGCGAGCUCAACAGGGGCCCCGCCCUCCGCAGGGUCCACGAUAACCUCCCAGGGGUCAACAAAGCGGUCAUCGAAUUUCUCCUCGCUCAUCUCAGGAGAGUUAAUAAACACGAGGGGCAGAACAAAAUGUCCCUGCACAAUCUUGCCACUGUCUUUGGACCAACAUUACUCAGACCUGGUACCAAUAACUCAAGGUCAGAUCCAAAGAGCCGCGAUCCCCUUGCUGCUGGAACUGUUGAUGUUAUGGCACAAGCUGGUAUUCUCUACUGCUUUCUGCAGAUGAACAGGGAGAAUCAUCAAUCGCUUUAAUCUAGUCCAAAUAAUGAUGUUUGAAGGUAGUUUUUAGGGUUAGAGUGACUUUGAGCAGCAAAACCAGUUAUUUUUUAAUUAAGUGUUAUGCUUAAUGAUUUUUUGGGAUUUUCAGGAAAACUGCCGUUGAUCGGGGGUCGAUGAUGACUCCUAGGGACAGUUGGGAAAAUUUCAGAUUCCAAACCCUGGUUUUCCAGCCCAUUUUGACCCGUAAUUUCUUGGGUUAUUGACCAAACAUUUUUUCGAGGUUGAAAUAGGAAUUUCGAGUUUUCAAGAGCUCUGAUCGGGCAAAAUGGACUUAAAACCAAAGGUUGGAAUCGCAAAUUUCACCGGCUGUGCAAUGGGGUCAUUUUCGACCCCACAGCUAUUCCAAUUGGGGAGAUAUCCUAAAAAAUGCGAAAAACACAAUUUUCGCACUCAAUUUUUCAGGUGAAAUUGAAGAUUUGUGAGUCUUCACUUUAAUUCUGGAAUAUUUCUGUACUUCAAGGCAACAAUUGUAAUCAUUUCAUGAUAACAGACUGCUGAGACUGAUAAGCCAGUAUGAAGAGACAAAACGAUGGAACAAAGAAGAGAGGAAAGAGAAUGAGAAUGAAAAAUAUUAACCAAUUUUUAUGAAUUUCCUACCAAUUUUCUCAUCCUUUGAAGGUUUUAUAAAGUAUAUAGAUGAAUAUAUAUUUCGUAUUUUUACACGAAAUGAGCUGAAUGCUUUGUAUUUUUCAGAAUUUAGAACGUAGGUGCCAAAAAACAAGAAAAGCAUACAUAAUCUUAAUGAAAUUGCAUUUUUGACCAACUUUACUCCAUUUGUACUUCAACGGAUUUCUAAUGAACCAAAAUAUUACGAUUAUUACCUGAUGUGGCAGCAGAUUCCCAAGAUUUUGGAACGCAAAUUUUUGUACAAUUUUUAUGGUGAAUUUUUGAUGAGGAAAAACAGUUUAAGAGAAAGUUGAAAAAGAACUUUGAAGAUUAUCCGCUCGACCUGAAGAGAUAGAGAGAUGUCAGUCAUGAAAAGACGACCCAUUUUGCCCCUGUUAUUUCUAAGUCAUCUAGGAGUGCGAAAUUUCAAGUGAUAAAAGUCAUGAUUUGAGAAAUAAGACACCAAAAUGGGUUUGUGAGGAAUUUUCUCAAUUAAAAAUUGGCUAGAUUUUGGGGUGAGACUAGGCUAAAGUCUAUAUCUCUUGAAGUCCUCGAGAUAUUCACGAAAAACGAUGAAUUGAAGCGUUUCACUCGUCUCAAAAAUGUUAAGAAAUUUAUGAAAAAAAAUUGUUUAUCCCUUUUCUACCGCAAGAAGGCUUGGCUUGCCGUCCACAGGGCUGCGGACGUGUGUAUUAUAUCCUAUACAUAAUAUUCCUAGCAUAAACCACCAUUAAGCAAUGAUGAGGAAGUAUAAACGAGCAUACUUAUUAAAAUAUACACAAUUUUGUAAGGGCGAGUGGUGGAAGCGAAGAAGGAAUUUUUUGUAAAUUUUUUUAUAUCGAGUGCGAAAAAAGUUCUAUGACAAUCGAGUAAGAUUGUUCCUUUUCAUACGAUUGUGCUACCAUUAUUAUUAAUAAAAAAUAUUGAGAGAA